AUGUCACGCGUUGUUAUUCGUAAAGCUGAUUAUGGUGCUCCGCCAGCUCGCAUGUCUGCAGGUGCUCCACCAAGCCUUCCCAUACGACGUGCUUCGAAAGCUGGUUUCAAAAAUGUGCGUUUUACCAAUUUCUCUAAUCGUAAAAGGCGAUCAGAAGGUAAUUUGGAAACGGAGGAUUCAGACUCAGAACAAGAAUCUACCGCAGAAGAUGACCAAGAAGAGAAUGAAAGUAGUGACGAUAUAAAAAAAGAGCAGCAGGAAAAAGUUAAGAAAGUCACACGUAAAAAGCGCCGAUUUCGUUUAACUGAUUCAAUAUCAAAGAGUAAAAGGCGAGCUGAAAGAAGAGCACAGUUAGCAGCUGAACGCAAAGAACGUGAAGAGUGCAAUUCUCAACAAGGAGAAGAAGUCGAAAAAGAAAAAGAGAGUACACCACCACCGCCACCACUCACGACAUUGUCAACCAUUCGCAAGUAUUCUCCUCUGCAACUUUUUUGCGAUAAUUUAUUGCGAAGGUUGAAAGCAAAAGAUCCUGAUGAAUAUUUUGCAUUUCCAGUCACUCAGGCAAUGGCACCAGAUUAUCACGAAAUAAUUAAGGAACCGAUGGAUUUUGCGACAAUGAGACUCAAAAUCGAUCGAAACGAAUAUGAAAAUAUUGCGUUGAUGAGGAAAGAUGCUGAAUUAAUUGUUAAUAAUGCAUUGGACUACAAUUUACCCGGUACUGUGUAUCAUAUGGCGGCUCAAAAAAUGGAUCUGGUUGUACAGUUUUAUUUUUCGGAAGCAAAUUUGCGAUAUCUUUAUCAUAACCUUCCAUUUAGCAAGGAAAUUCCAUUGCAACAAUUGGGGCUGACGUUAAAAUCACGACCAAGACCAAUACCUAAAUCUGAUUAUAAAAUGGCAAUUGUUGACGAUGUUACAACUUCGAACGUAUUAGAAACUGUGGACCCUUCACUGAAAGAAAGAUUAUCCUGUCGUAUUCCUGAUCUCAAAGUUUCUCGUACUAAUAAUGCAGAUGGUAGUAUAGAACCUAGAAGCCAUCUUGCAUUUUUAGACAACAAAGAUGGUGCCAUAUGUUUGAAUGUAAUAAAUCCAACUGUCUCAGAGAAAAAAGUCAUUACUCUGGGAGAUAUAGUAGGUAAAUUGCAGGAGGGUACACCUGGACUCUGUGCUCCACAGGAGCACAAAUCAAAUCAUCAAGUUCCAAUUUCCUAUUUAUCUUUUGGACCAUUCAGUUCUUUCGCGCCUCAGUAUGAUUCUACCUGGGCUACACUGUGCGAACGAGAUUCACGUUUGCUUCUAGGAACAUAUGGAGAUAAAACUAAUGUAACAAAUGCAAUAACACUGAGACAAAUGGUUGAGAAUACGAGUGAACAUAUGAUAAAAGUGGUCGAUGACUUAUUAGAUACAUUGACAAGUGGUGAGCAUCGAAGAACUCUGAAAGCAUUGGAAAGUGAUCCUAAUAAAAGUAAUGUAAGGAUUAUGAAGCACUAUAGCUUUCUUAUCGGAGCUGCACUGGAUAAAAUUGACUUGAACAAGAUACUAAGUGAUGUUGAGUCUCUUGAGAAUAUCGGAGUGGAUACUUCAUUCAUAAGCGAUGUGAGAAAAAUUUACAAAUUAGAUCCGGAGUCAGAGACUAUUCAGGAUGUAUUGGAUAAGACUGGCACAAUGAUUAACGAUCUAGCAUUGCUACAGAAAAACCGCUUAAGUUCCAUCCCACCAACUACUCUUACUGAGCAAUUGCCACCUGGUAAUCUCGAGCUUACUCUUGCUAAUAAAGUACAAGGAAAACUCCAUAAUCAAAUUGUUUCAUAUGCAAAACCUGGUAACGUCAUUUCUCCACCUGUGAUCCAUAAUGCUGUAGGUUUAAAUGAAGAAGACAUUGAUCUAUUAAAUGAAUUCUUCACUGCUGCCCCACCUAGAACGGAAGUGCACUGA